AUGGUGUGGGUGAUUCCCUCUCUGAAUCCAGACACAUACGAUCGGAACGUCCUGCAGUUCGAGAAGACUCAACGCUAUGGGAUGAGGCGAAAGAACCAGCAUCCGGUUUGCUCCAAAUCCAUUCUUUAUAUGGAUAACGGCGUCGAUCUAAACCGGAACUUCCCCGUCUGCUUUGCGAUUGACAAGGAGGGCAGCAGUCCGGACGUCUGCAGCGAAAUCUACCGAGGACCGAAGCCCCUUUCAGAGCCCGAAACCCAGGCCAUCCCCGCCUUUCUUCGCCUUCUUCCCUUCCCGCCCACGUUGGCUCUGUCUCUCCACGCGUUCGGACGGUCUGUCCUUCAUCCCUUCUCGUGCCAAUCCCUCGCUUCCACGCUCAAUUCCACAAUGCUUCACUUGUUCAAACACGGCACUCGAUCGAUUCUUUCGAACAUUCCACACAAAUACACCACAGGACAGGCGUGGGAAAUCCCGGGUUUGUACUCGGUGAACGGUGACGCAGCGGAUUAUUUGUUCCAUGCUCACUCCAUUCUAUCGUUCAAUGUGGAGUUGCCGCCCGAUUAUCCGCCCAAAAACGAGUAUUUAUCGUUUUGGCCGCCUCGCCAAGACCACGUUCAAGAAGCAAACUUGCUUUUGUGGAACGCGUUGAAACUUUCAGGCUGUGAUCUUGUUAUCGAGAAUAAUCAGAAUCAACGAUAUGAGAAACCAAAAUCGAAAAUGAAUUUGAGAGAAGACGAAAAACACGAAAAUGAAAAUCGAAACAGACACGACAAUGCACUUGUUUUCAGAAUCACCGUAUUCAUUUCGCGCUUCGUUUUCACCAUAGAACGUGGGCUUUCGUGCCUGUUCGAAUCUUCUUCUUCGAUGGGGUUCCGAAUCGUUCCAAUGGAGUCUUCUCUCGCCUCUCGAUUCGAUCGAGCUUCCGUCUCCUCUUCAGUCCAAUCCUCGAUCCUUUUCGCUGGUUUCUGA